UGAAAGUAAGUCUUGUGUUGGAACCCCCCCCCCCCCCUCUCCCUUUCCCACUCCUCUCCCCCCUCCCCCAAAAAAAAACAAAGAUUAGAAAGUAGGGUGAGAGGCCCCAUUUGGGCCCGAGUUACCCAAUUCAAGAGGGCAUCGUAAUAAAAAAGAAAAAACAUUAAAACCCCUUUUAUUAAGGUUUGGGGAAAGGAGAUCAGAAAGUUGAAAAAGAGAAGGAAGAUGAGUUCUCCAGUUCCGCGAAGAGAGUCGCCAUGGGGUAUGCCUGAAGGUGAUAACAGACAACCUAAGCCCCAUAGAUGUAACGACCGCGUUGAGGAUGUUGUUCAGGCAUGUUUUGAAGGUAAUCCAUUUAAAACAAUACCAGGACCUUUCAAGCUAUUCUAUCAGUGCAUGCGUUCUAAGCCUGGGGAAGAGCCUACCGAGCCAUUCUACUACUUACAGUUGGAACCUCCCAAGAGAAAAGCGCUCGUUGAGUAGAGCUUUGUUUUCGUUAAUUUCUAAACCUGUAGUAAGGUUGUUUACGAAUCCUGUCUCUCUAGGUUGUGUUACUUGGGGACAGCAAUCUGUACUUUGGAAGGUUGUUCAUGGCGAAUAUUUUCUCUGAUGAAAAUUGAAAAUUUAUGUUCUAUUGUUCCCUAUUUUCGAAUAAGGACAAAUAGCUAAAUCUGCUGAUGUUGAUACAUAUAGAAGUUUGAGAUACUACAUAUUCUGUUCAUUUCGAAGUAAGAUACAUUUACAUAAUAGUGGGCUACAAGAGUGGCCAAGUAAGUAGAGUUGGUGAUUUUGUGCA